GCACUGAACUAGUGGUAGCAAACACGGCACCGUCCAAACUUUGUAAAACCCUAAUUCUAAUUAUCGUUCACACCUAAACCCUUUCACUUUUUCUCUUUUUGUUGUUUUCCUUCACUUCAAGGCUUCACCUUCUCAGGAUCAAACCAAAGGACCUGUUGUGUUAUUCUCCAUCAUCUUCACGCCCCUGUUCCUUGUCGAGUGAAGGCCUUCCCAUCACCCAUGUAACAACAACCCAUCCUCUUCUGGGAACCCGCAGUUCGAGGUUUCCUAGGUUAAUCCCUCUUCUGGCACUCCGAGGAAAAAAGAAGAACAAGGGUCUUUCAUUUGUUUAUUUUUUCAUUUAAAAAUUAGAUUUUUGGAGGGUUGGGUAUGGAAGCAGCGCGAGUGGGUGUGGCGGUUGAAGGUGGGCAUGGAAACAACGUGAAAAUGCUGCAGAAGAAUCAGCAAACACAAAUGGGAACGCUGUCUCAGCUUCUUGCUGGUGGAUUAGCAGGUGCAUUUGCCAAGACGUGCACUGCUCCACUUGCACGCCUCACCAUCCUUUUUCAGGUGCAUGGCAUGCAUUUUGAUGUGUCAGCAUUGAGCAAGCCUAGCAUUUGGGGUGAGGCUUCACGUAUUGUCAAUGAAGAAGGGUUCAGAGCAUUUUGGAAAGGCAAUUUGGUGACCAUAGCUCAUCGUCUCCCUUAUUCUGCAGUCAACUUCUAUGCUUAUGAACGUUACAAGAAUCUAUUACAUUUGCUUCUGGGGGAGAAUCUUAGAGGAAAUACCAGUACAGAUCUCCUUGUGCACUUUGUAGGUGGCGGUUUGUCCGGUGUAACAGCUGCUACUGCUACAUAUCCUUUGGAUUUAGUGAGAACACGACUUGCAGCACAGAGAAGUUCCAUAUACUACAGGGGCAUCUCACAUGCUUUUAAUACCAUUUGUAGAGAAGAGGGGUUCUUGGGUCUCUACAAGGGACUUGGAGCUACAUUGUUGGGUGUUGGGCCCAAUAUAGCUAUAAGCUUUUCUGUCUAUGAGGGCUUACGUUCUUUUUGGCAGUCCCGAAGGCCGGAUGAUUCUACUGUCAUGAUCAGUCUUGCUUGUGGCAGCCUUUCAGGAGUUGCAGCAUCAACAGCAACAUUUCCUUUGGAUCUUGUAAGGCGCAGGAUGCAGUUAGAGGGCGCCGGCGGCCGUGCACGUGUCUAUAAUAGUAGUUUGUUUGGGACAUUCAGGCACAUAAUUCAGAACGAAGGGGCACGAGGUUUGUAUAGAGGCAUUUUGCCCGAGUACUACAAGGUUGUUCCCAGCGUGGGCAUUGUCUUUAUGACAUAUGAAACAUUGAAGAUGCUUCUAUCUCCAAGAGAUUAGCAUAUAUAUGAUGCUCAUGACUUCUUCAGUUUCAAUCCUUGGUAGGAAAUUUUGUGGUGAAUUUUAUUGUCGUAGCCAUGGGCACAUUUUUGUUAAUGUAUAGGUAGUAGUUAUAAUUGAGUGAGUGACGUCAAUUGUACGUAAUUCGAAUUUUAGGCUAUAGUUAUGGGUGGUUAGUGAAAUAGCUUUGUUGUAGAAAGCUUGCCACGAUUAGGACAUUAUUUUUCCCGAGACGAGACUUGGAAGUCUCUCUCUAUCAUUUAAUUAUCUUGGCCUAUGUUGUGGCGGCAUCUUUGUUUUGAGAGUAAUGUGAGUUAUAUAUUUUCAUCAUGGAAAUGUUAGCAGUGCUCUUCACAUGUAUUCCAAUACACCUUUUUAUUAAUUAAAAUGCAUGCAAGAUCUACUAAUUGGGAUUUA